AUGGCCUCUGACAUGGAUGUGCAGAUCAAGGCCCUGAAGGUUCCCAUUGGCGUGAAACGCUUGAGCAUAUCGGGGCAGCUGAAUGUCCUUUUCCACCCUGUGUCCUCGAAGCCGCCCUUCUUCGCUGGUGUCACGGUGUUCUUUGUUGACCCACCUGAGCUGGACAUGGACUUCACCGGCGCUGCUGACUUUGUGGAUUUGCCGGUGCUCCGUCAGGUGGUAAGGUCCACAAUCCUGGAUGCAGUAAGGGGCUUGGCAGUGUUGCCUGCUCGCAUUGCCGUGGAUCUCAAUCCGGAUGAUGAUACGGAUCAGGCGGAUCUGAGUUACCCGCCGCCCAAGGGUGUGCUGCGAGUCUUGGUUAAGAGCGCCAAGGGCUUGCGCGCGGCAGACCUGAAGCUGUCAGGGGCUUCCUCUGACCCUUAUGUAAUGAUCGAGGUUGGACAGCAGCAAUGGAGGUCAAGUGUGAUUGAGAAAAGCCUGAAUCCUGUGUGGGAGCAUGGUAAUGUCGUGGAUCUCUUGGUCUAUGAGCCGGGGCAAAAGGCAAACUUAUGGGUUUUCGACAAGGACCGCUUCAGUAAAGAUGAUUUGCUUGGAGUUUCCAAGGGCGUGGUUCUAGAGCAAUAUUUGAAUGCGAAGACCCCGCAAGACUUCGUCUUGCCACUCUUCUUCGAAGGCAAGGAAGCCGGCAGCCUCACGGUUGGUGCACGUUGGUUCGAGCUCAGCGCUGCUGUCCCGCGCAGCUUUCCAUCUGCUGUAGCGAGGGGGCCCUCACAGGUGUUGCUGGUAGUGAAGCUCUUAGGCAUAUGCAACUUGCCCAAGACCUACAAACCACCAUUUCAAGUGAAAAUCACCUGCAAUGGGCAUCAGCUGCUGACGAAGAAGAGCACACCUCCAAGCAACAUUCGUCCUGUGGCAGAGGAGGUGGCAGACAUUGCACGGCGUUUGAAACUCGCGAACCACAGCCUGCAGCAGAUAUCCGAGAUCACCAGCCUGGAGCCUCAAUCCGUGAAGCUGGCACUAGCCCAGCACAGUCCUUCGAGCUUCUCACGCGCGCGGAAGGAAGCAACCCAGGAGAUGAGUGCAACACAGCCUGUGUUCAACCAAGUGAUGUAUUUGCUGCUGCCCUGGACUGAGAAGGUGGCCAGAGGGACCGUGGUGCUAACGCUGCUGGACCGUCAGGAUCGGCCCGUCGCGAAGCCCAUCACCAAACGUCUCAACGACGUGAUUGGCACUGUGGAGGGUGGCUUCCAGCUCCACGGCGGUGGGACGCUCAAUGGACGGCUGAGCACCUCUUGGUUGGCGAUCCCCAGUUGA